GUGGAAGUCGGUGGAAGUCAUGCAUUAAAUGGCAACAAGUGGCAGAGAAUCAGAAAGGAACAUUAGUCGGUGUAACGUCGAUCGUAUCGCAAUUCGCUCAGUAUGAGACUUGCAGCGAACUUAAGUUCAGUGCGUGUGCGUGUACAAGUCGUGCUAACGUAGCGCGUUUUCGAUCCGCUCAUGCGCCCGAAAAUCUCGUGCAAUUUUCGAAGUACUCAACAAAACACAGCGUAACAUUGCAAGGCGACAGCGUUCAUAGCGGACUUCUCCAUAGCGCGCCUAGCGGUUUCGUAAGCCCAUUCUUCUUGUGCCUUUAAUGUGUGCAUGUUUGUUGUGUGUUCGGCUAACAGCGCAUAGUUAAUGAAAUGGAUUUUUACCCGCGACGCUAGAAUUCGUGAGUGCGUGCGACGUGUGGUGUCGGCGUUCAACGACGCUCAACAACGUGAAAAUGUAGUUAUAGUUAACAUUGGUGGUCGAACAACAACCAACGAUUUGGAAGUAUAAUUCCUGCGUCGUUCUUCGGCUUUGACUUCGACGGCCAGCGUGAGUUACCCGCAUCAAAUGAUCAACGGCUGCUACGAUGGAUCGGCAUAUCGAGGAACAAUUAAUCGGACUGUCUUCGGAUGAAGGUGGGCAGAGCGGAGGAGAGCCGGACAGCGACGAAGACGUCAUUACCGAUUAUCAUCUCGGCGAAAUGCUGCCGCGGCCGGUGCCUCUUCCGACCAUCAGCGUCACGCCGCACUCGCCCGCGAACAAAUCCUAUCCGGUGCUCGAGGACAGCCUGCAGCAGGUCAGAGAUUUGCACGACACCGUGCAGCGAAUGAGAGAUGUGACCGCGCUCAAUGUUUAUGUAGCGAACACGAAGCAUUUCACGGCGAGCACUCUUAAUCCUCUAUUGGCUCAUGUGGCACGUCUCAGUGCGAGCUGUCCGACUCUCAAUGAAGCGGUGCCUGAAUUAGAAACUCUUGGGGGCUCUUUGGGGUCUUCACCCUUGCAUCAGCCGACUAGUAGAAAAGGGAGCGCUACUCAAGACUGGCUAUGUCAACCGGAUCCACAGCGGCGGCGAUCAUGGACGGCGUUGGAGGAUCUGACAGGUACCAAGGAGAAAGUCAAACAUCGGCAGCGGAGGUCUUCCGUUUUCAGCUGCUCGCUCAGCAGCAUGGAGUCGGAGGCGGACGAGUCGUCGCUCGUUGAUAUUGUCGAUGGCAGCACCACGCGUCUACUGGGUACUGAAAGCAGCGUCAAUCAUCGGCGUGGCACGCGAAAUGGCGGAGGCGCCAGCACGCAUUCACUCAAUGAGGCUGAUUUACAAAGCGACUUCAUCAAAGUGAAGGCGAAAUGCGAGGCGGAGCAGCUCCGAUUGUCGCCGAUUCGGCUUCCCUUGCAGAAAUCUGUGUCGACGCCGUCGAUCAUCGCCGUACGGGACUUGGCGCCGGAGCCGGCAUUAGCGGGGGCGCAACCUACGCUGCCAAUCUUGGUGUGUAGGGGCAGACCGAGCUGCACGGAAUCGGAAACCGAAGAGGAAGGUCGCGCGUCGCAUCAUACACGUUUCGAUUCCCAUCAGUCCGCAUCGAAUCUUCAUCAUGCUUUGUACGAACAUCACUCGGAAAAAACGAGAAGAAAACGAGGCAGUAUAUUUUUCCGAAAGAAAAAGGAUAAAAGCAAGAAGGUUACCCAUCAGUGGAUAUCGGCAUGCUACGGAUCGUCGCACAACUGUGAUUACUGCAAUAAACCCUUGAGCAACAAACCGGCGCUGUAUUGCGAAAAUUGCACGACCACGGUGCAUCAAAACUCGUGCAAAGAUCACAUCGCAGAGUGCAAUAAACCGAGCAAGAGCUCCAAGAACUCGAAAAGCAUCGCCAAUUUUGCUGUGACGAAUUUGACGAACCACAAAGGCGGACCCCUGUCCAAACGCAGUUCAGGAUCGUUCAGUGGCAGUAAUCCAGUACCAAUAAAUAGGAGGAACCAACUAAGCUACUCGCCUUGGCGUAGGGUGGCAACGAAAUUGGGAGUUAACCAAAUAUUGUCGGACGAUAAAGAUGGUGAUCACGUUCACUGCGAUUCAACAAAUUUUAAUGACGAGGCUCCUUUAGUGCCAUUGGAAUUCCUAUCCGAUGCUCAAAUAAUCGCUGCUGAUCUGUGCUCAGACUUGAGUUUAGGAUUGCAUGAGAAUGAGCCCGAUUCGUGGACGCCACACGUCGGCAAAGAACUGGCAAAAAAACUCAAGGAGAAGGAAGUCAAAAGACAAGAACACAUUUAUGAAUUCAUUCUCACAGAAAAGCAUCAUUGUAUGACAUUGUUGGUAAUGCAAAAGAUUUUCAUGGAUGGUUUGCAAAAGUAUUUUAAUUUAGGUACAAAUUUAGAGCGCAUGUUUCCACGUUUAAAUGACUUGAUCGAUUUGCACUUGAAUUUGUUGUCGAGGCUGCGGCAGCGUCAGCGCGAGGCACCGGUUGUUUCCUCGAUCGCCGACAUACUUCUGGAUGAGUUUUCCAACCCACGCGCCGCUCGAUUAAAGUCAGCGUACGGCGAAUUUUGCAGCCGGCAUCGGGAUGCCGUCGAACUGUACAAAGGCUACAUGCAAAGUGAUCCACGCUUCGGACAAUUCGUUCGACAUUGUCAGCAGAAUCCGUUGCUCAAGAAGAAAGGCAUACCGGAGUGUAUUUUGUUCGUGACUCAAAGGCUGACCAAGUAUCCUUUGCUCAUCGAGCCGUUGAUUAAAACUAGCAAAGAAAACAAACCGGAACAGGAGGCUUUACAGCGUGCGCUAGCACUAGUGAAGGAAAUAUUGGUUGAAGUGGACGCCCAAGUGGCCGAAAAGGAAAAGGAGGACAGAAAGUUGGAAAUCUACAACAAAAUUGACGCCAAAUCGCAUACAAUACACCGAGAGAAUAAGUUUAAAAAGUCAGAUAUAUUACAAGGCAACCGCGCGUUGCGGUUUGAAGGUGUCGCAAUGUUGAUGCAGGGUCGUGGAAAGAUGCAAGUUGUUCUAGUUAUUGUGCUCUCCGACGUCUUGUUCUUCUUGCAGGAAAAUAAUAAUAAAUAUACUUUUUUCACACCCGACAAUAAGGCUGGUGUUGUAUCGUUGCAAAAACUGUUAGUCCGUGAGAAAGCGGGUCAAGAGUCGAGAGGAAUCUAUCUCAUUUCGUCGAAUCCUGCCGAUCCCGAAAUGUUUGAACUUAAAGUUCACAAGCCAAAGGAUAAACAAAUAUGGAUCAAUGCAAUAAGAAACGCGGUUCAAAACUGUCCGGAAGAUGAAGAGGAAUCAUCGGCAAUGACGACGGAGGAGAAACAGAGUUUGCUUAACAUCAAGCAAACACAAAUUCGGCAUUUAUCAGAUUCUGAUGUGGAUAUCGAAGGUUUAUUGAGGCAAAAGGACAUCGAGCAAGCAUUGCUUUUAGAAGAGAAGAUGUCACUGCAAUUGAGGCUUUUGGCAGCGGCGGGAAUAGAUCCACCUUCGCCACCUUCAUAUCGCCACUUGGUGAGCGAAAAUGCUGAUACGAAUCAGAUGUGGAAGGAUGUGUUAACCGCCGUGCAUGAGGUCAGUCAGCUUGCGAGCGUAUUAUUCAGGACGGGGACGAACUUAUCACGCAGCGUUAGUUCGGCUGGUGAGCACCAAAGCGAGACUUACGUUUCGCCGAUUUUGCCUAAACGUGCCGAAACUUUCGGCGGCUACGACAAUUCGAACCAAGGUCCAUUAAAACUAUUGGGCAGAAAGUUGCAACCCUCCGGCGUUUCGACGCCAGCUAAUCCCGAUCUGGAAAACUUGAAGCCCGGUGAUACACGACUUUUCGAGAGAUUGCCUUAUCGGAAUUGCGUACUCUCGGCGCCACCUCCGAUGACAAACGGGAAUACUCCGAGCGUGGGCGAGAACGUGCAACAGGAAUCGCUUUUGAUACUCGGACGAGAACAACAAUACGCCGCAAUACAAUUAUCUCACUACGUGUACACGUUGCUGUGCAUUAUUUCGCAAUUGAUGACUACGAAUGAAAGUUUGCAGGCGCAUAUGAUGACAAUGAAAGGCGGUGAUAAGCAUUACAAACACAAUCAGCAACUAGAGGAGCUACGUAAUUUGCAAGAUAAACUCAGUGGCGAGAAAGCCGCAUGGGCUGCCAACAAGGAGCAAGAGGCGAAAGAAUUGGAUGAAAAGCGCGGAGAAUUAUUAAAACUCCAGGAGCAAAUACGCGCUGAUCAGAGCGAUAUUGCACAGCAACGUGAACAAUUGUAUAGAAAGAUGGAGGUAUUAACUAGUCAGGGUCUCUUGAUUUCGCCCAACGUGGCACUGCCCGUUACGGCACAACUUGAUGACUCCAGCACGCACAGUUCCGAGGAAAGUAGUCCUCAAUCCGACAGUUCGGCUGCGAUCACCGGCGCUGCCAGCAGUGGAGGCAGCACACAUUCGACAACCGAACGACGUAAAGAUCCCAAAUGGAUCAAAGGUUCCUCUACAAUAAAAGCCCAUCUACCAUUGAACCUCAUUAGUACGACAAAUCAGCAGAAAGUGUCUGUGCCAAUCAAGCAGCAAAUUCCUUUUAAACUUUCAUCCAGGUUUAGUGUAGGCGGCAACUCGACUGUAUCAUCGCCGCCUGGUCACCAAAUGCUACCCUUAAAGCUGUGCCAAGACGAGAAGGUGCGCCGUUCUAGCACCGGCUAUCAAAGACUAGGAAGCGAUAGCUUUAGUCCACCAUCGGGAGAAACAACACCCACCACGACGCAUUCACAUAUACGAACCGGUUCAUCUCCAGCCAUGAUGCAAGCGUCGCCUCCUCAUUCCUCCGGCACGACCGCGACCUCCUCUACCAACUACGCCGCGAGCGGACCCAAGGCGACACGUACCAACACGUAUCCAAAGCUACCAGACAAAUAUAAGGUAAAAAACGAUCAGCAGCAGCCUGUCGAUGAAGAAGUUAUAUACUUUUGACGCAUCACGUGUUAGUCGCCCUACUGCACGUGCAGAACUCAACCAUGAUAUCAAACAGAAACAAUCAAACAUGCUGUUGACACUUUUUAUUUGAAAGAGAAUGAUGAUUUUUUUAUAUAUCUAUAUUAAUGACGUUAAACUUACUCAGUAUUCAUUCAUAAUUCUGAUUUUUGCAUUUAUAUAUUCGGUCUUCCACAUUCUGCAUUGUACUUAAUAUGUUGCUAGGAAAGCACUGCUCAGACUUGGAAGCAUUGCAACCAAAAUGAGUGCCAAAAAUCACUGCGCUUUGCAUUUCCGAAUCAAAAACACACACUCAUUGCGCUAGCAUUACUCGAAGAUAAUUUUAAUUGAUAAAACAAAGUAUUUUUAUGACUAUUGGUUUGCAAUGCUUCGCCUGUUCCUCUUACUUGUGACGUCAAAACUAGUUUUCCGGUUGUUUAUCGACUUUUUUUAAGACGUAACAUUGAGAUAUAACAUUAUUUAGUAAUAAAUGAAAAAUAAAUGUACUCAAUCUUAAGACAAUACACUAGUUAAUUGUUGUAGUAAUAUCUCUUUGGAAACAUGUAUGUAGUUGCAAGUUAUUAACGAUUUACCUGAUCACUGCAGAGCAGAGCGUAAUUCUUCGAAAAUUGUUAAAACAGAGUUGGCGACGGCGUAGGCUUAAAAGGAGAUUAUGUAACAGCAGCGUGUAUGAGUUUUCGAUUAAAUGUGUAAUGAAUGCAAAGCAAAUAUAUUAAAAGUAUUGUAAUUAUGAAGAAGUACUUACUAAAAAUACGGUUGUUAAUUAUUUAUUGUUGAUCAGAUGUUUGAACAUAAUAAAAAAAAACAUGCAUUACAUAUAUACACCGCGUCCCUUUUGCGUAAUUUCAUUGCAACAAUGCAAUUGUGUGUGAUAUUGGUUGUUGUUAUAGGAUGCAAUUAUUCGAAAGGGAUCUAAUAAAGGGCCUACUUAAAUCUAGGUGUAUUUUCAUGUAUCGACUACAUAUAUAAAGAAAAGAAAAAGUGAAAAAAAAUCAAGUAUCAUAUUUUUAUAAAUAAUUAUCUCUAUUUCCAUUUCUCAUAUUAACGAUGAUAAUAUGCAUAAACAAUAAUGUUUCCUCUUUAAUGUGUUAUGUUAAUACAAAAUUCGAUAAAUCAUAUUCAUAAUGAAUACUAGUUAAAUAUUGAUAGUAGAAGAAAAUUCGACUGAUACUUUAAACGCCUCACCAAGCUGCAAUCACUCUAAUUGAUCAUCGACUCACGUUGUUAAGUUGCAUAAGAUUUGCGAAAUCCAGAGUAUUUUCAACAUGCAACUGAUGCGCCUUGAAUCUUACUAGCUUUACAAUGUACGCUCACACACAGUGUAGGCAUGCAUAGCUAAGUUUUACUUUUUGUGACUUUUUUCGACGCAGUACUUACUUCAUUUACUGUAUACUGCACAUACAUUAUUAUCUAGCAUGAUAUGUAUCAUGAAUUAAUUGAUAUGAAUGUAUAUAGAAUAUUUUCAUUGCACCUAUUAAUUGUAUAUAACAAUGUAGCCCAAAUUUCAUUUGUAUGUACCCGAAAGAUAUUCAAGUGAGUGUUGGCGAUAAACGGUAUUAGUUUGACCAUUUAACAAUUCGAUCAAAUGUUUAGUGUUUGGUUUUGAAUCCAGUUCUUAAUUACCUAAUCAAAAUGUAAACACAAUUAUGAAUUGUAAUUAUUAAGGUAUUUAUUUAUGUCGAUAUGAAAAUUUAAAAAUUUAUGAUGAUAAGAAAUGGCAAAAAAAUAAAAUAUUCUAAAAUCA